AACAAGGUGCGGGAGAUGUUCAUGAAGAACGCCCAUGUGACGGACCCGCGCGUGAUCGACAUGCUGGUUAUUAAGGGGAAAAUGGAUCUCCAAGAAACCAUAAAUGUAUGGAAGCAAAGGACACAUGUCAUGAGGUAUUUUCAUGAGACGGAAACACCACGACCUAAAGACUUUCUGUCCAAAUUCUAUGAAGGCCACGAUCCAUGAAACAAAUUCUGUCUUCCUGUCUUGUAUUACAAAUAAAGUUCUACAUAAUACAAAAAAAUCUGUACAGACAGAUUGCAUAGCAGCCUAGGAGCCUAUUCAAUAAAUCUGAAUCUGGAAUUUAUGCAAGCUGUUAUG